UUAUUAAAAUGGAAGUAAAGUUGUCAACUUUAUAACACAUUGUACAAAUUCUGUCUUCAAAGAAAAUUCCAAAUUAAAAAGUAAAAUAAAUGUAUUCUUAAUUUGUAUUGUUCGAAAUUCUUGUUGUUUUUAUAAGGUACAUGCACAAAUCAGUUCCACAAGACUAAUUCACUUUAGAUAUUGUCCCCAUCUGCUUUAAAAAAGCAAAAGCUAUCAUUGUCCUUUAGCUUUCACCCGCCAGAUAUAAAAAGUGCCUAUAUUGCUUUUAGUCAAAUUGAAAUCACUAUAUAUUAGUCAUUUUAUAACACUGAAAUAUGAGUGAAUUUUUGUAACAGUAUAAGAUUUAUAUCCACUGUUAAUAACAGGUUAGCAGAAUGUAAGUGUUUGCCAUUAGACAUACGGGUUUAAGUUGAUAAGACUGGAUGUGCUGCUGUGACAUCGAAAUGGAAAUUGAGCUCGCCGAAGAAAUCCACAAUUCGAUUAGCAUUAUUAGGCAGCAACAGCUCAGCUCACUGAUAACAUAACCCAAACAACACUCACUACACGUGCAUGUAUCAAUUACUCAGUACUCAUCUCAAGACUGGCUGACGAUAUUUUAGCUUCGUUUACGUAAAUAGUAGUUAGUCAUGGAGGUGCCCAUUAGCGAUGACAAAGCGAAUCCUGUUAAAUCUUUUAUAGCUGGCGGAUUUGGUGGAAUAUGCAGUGUGUUAACAGGUUACCCACUGGAUACAAUCAAGGUGCGACUGCAGACAAUGCCGCUGCCAGCAGCUGGACAGCCGCCCAAAUACAAAGGCAUCGUCGAUUGUACAGUGAAAACCUUUAGUCGUGAGGGUGUUCGUGGCUUCUAUAGAGGCAUUUCUGCACCAUUAAUAGGCGUCACACCCAUUUAUGCUGUAGAUUUUGCUGUCUAUGCCGCAGGGAAACGACUUUUUCAAACCGAUGAACACGUUAAGCUGACCUAUUCUCAAAUUUUUAUGGCCGGUGUUGGUGCGGGCAUUUGCUCAGCUCUAGUUACGGUGCCAACAGAUCGCAUUAAGGUAUUGCUUCAAACACAGCCAGUGACAGGGCCAACCAUGUACAAUGGCUUAAUAGACACUGCACUAAAGCUUUAUAGACAAGGUGGUAUGCGAAGUCUCUUUAAAGGUACCUGUGCUUGCGUGCUGAGAGAUUCACCAACAGGUAUAUAUUUCGUUGUGUAUGAGGGCCUGCAAGAUUUAGCCAGACAGCACGCAACAUCAGGUAGUAUAACGCCCACAUCGACCAUCUUUUCUGGCGGCAUGGCUGGCAUUGCAUUCUGGUCAUUGGCUGUGCCUUUUGAUGUACUUAAAAGUCGAUUGCAAUCUGCGCCUGAGGGCAGAUAUCAGCAUGGCAUCCGAAGUGUGUUCAAGGAACUGAUGGCCAGAGAGGGACCCAAGGCAUUGUACCGCGGUGCCCUGCCAAUAUUGAUACGAGCUUUCCCUUCAACCGCAGCUGUAUUUAUUGGCGUUGAGCUGGCCAAUGAUUUGUUAACAUUUUAGAGUAAGGAUCUAACA